GAGGCAGACUAAAAGAGGGCUUUUGUAGUGUUGUGAAAAUACAGGUGGGUGAUUUAUCUAAUAAAAAAGGAAAAAUUCCAACCAUUCUUGUUUUCACAGAGGAAGAUAAAUAUGGUCUCUACUCCAACUUGUUGUUCAAGUAUUUUCUGGCAGAGGGAGUUCUCUGUGGACAUGAUUUGUUUGUUGCUUCUGCUAAAGAGCAUCCUGACAACAUCCUAAAGGAACUUCCAGCCCCUUUGCUUGAUGAUACCUACAGAAACGGACUGGGAGAAGAAGCAGCUGUUAAGUCUGAAGAUUUUCAGGAUUCUAUGAAAAUAGCCUGGCGCUACCAAAAUUUGCCAAAAAUGGAGGCCAGCCCAACAACAUCUACAAAGUUUGGCCAUUAUUAUGAUGUUUCUAAAACAAUGUCUCCAGAACUGUUUGAGUCCAUAAAAUGGCACAGUUUUUUCCUUCCUGAAGAAUUGUCUUUACAGCCUCAAAUGAAAACAUGUAAUAUGAACAGUGCUUAUGCAAGGCUGCUUCAGUCCAUUCAGAGGAUCAUUUACCAGGAAAGAUUUGAUGGCUCUGAUCCCCAGAAAAAACAAAAGAAUAUUUUGCGGAUAGGAAUUCAGAGUUUGGGUUCCAUGUUGUGGGGUGAUGACAUUUGUAGCAGUGAUACUCCUGAAGAUACUCAUAGCCUUACAAAAUUUCUGUAUGUUCUCCGUGGCCUCCUCAGAAAAUCUCUGUCAGCCUGCAUCAUCACAGUGCCUGCUCACCUUAUCCAGAAUAAAGCAAUUAUGGAACGUGUAACAAACUUGUCAGAUACGGUAGUUGGUCUUGAAUCAUUUAUUGGCUCUGAGAGAGAAACCAACCCAUUAUACAAGGAUUACCACGGUUUGGUUCAUGUACAUCAGAUUCCUCGGCUUAAUAGCUUGAUCUGUGAUGUGUCAGACACGAAGGACCUGGCUUUUAGAUUAAAAAGGAAGCUGUUCACCAUUGAGCGACUGCAUUUGCCUCCAGACUUGUCAGACACAGUGAGCCGCGCGAGCAAACAGGAUCUGGCAGAAUCCGCCAAACUGCUGAGCUCAGGAUGUGGUGCUAUGGCCAUCGGCAAGAAGCACCUGGACUUCUAG